AUGGCGAGCCUAACACAAACACUCCAAAGGCUACUGCCGUCGUCCCAGGCUCUCCCACCCAUACUCAAGUCAAACCCUGCCAACCUAUACGAAGUGCUCUCGCGGUCGCAGAAUGUCGCAGGGAAGGAGGUGCAUCAAGUCCGGUGGUCUGGAAAGCAGAUCUCGGAUUCAUAUUGGCGUGUAACACGAGCCCAGUUCAAGUGCAAUGGGAAACAUGGAAAAGCUUGGGGCCAACUGUACUGGAAAGGCAAACUGGUCACUGUCGGCCGAGACGAGCGGAUUCGCGGCGCUCUCAAAUACAAGUGGUGUGAUGGACCGUCGGUUGCUUCUCAACCGUAG